UCCACUCGCCGCCGCGCUCGCUGCCGUAUCCGUUCUUCGGCAAGCCGGGUGGCAUGCUGGCGCCGGGGCUGAUGCCCGAGUACGGCGGGCUGCCGCCGGCGCCGGCCGAGCGGCCCGCCUACGGCUCACCGCCGCCGCUGCCCACCACCGACCCCAGCGCCAACGAGUGCAAGCUGGUCGACUACCGGGCGCAGAAGGUGGCCGCCUUCAUCAUCAACGGCGAGACGAUGCUGUGCCUGCCGCAGGCCUUCGAGCUCUUCCUGAAGCACCUGGUCGGCGGACUGCACACGGUCUACACAAAGCUGAAGCGGCUGGACAUCGUGCCUGUGGUCUGUAACGUGGAGCAGGUGCGCAUCCUGCGCGGCCUCGGCGCCAUCCAGCCGGGCGUCAACCGCUGCAAGCUGCUGUCCAUGAAGGAGUUCGACGUGCUCUACAAGGACUGCACCACGGCAAGUUCCAGGCCGGGCCGCCCCCCGAAGCGCGCUCCGGGCUUCGCCAUGACGCCCUCGCCGGACGCGCUGAUGAAGCUGAAGCAGGCACGCAUGGAGAACGGCGGCGACUACUUCGAGAACGGCCACAUCCGAGAGCACGGCAUCGACAAGUCCCCGCUGCUGUCCAACGGCUACAACCACCCUCCGCACCUGAACCCGCUACACUACAUGGCGCUGGGUCACCCGGCGGCGGCGGCGCAGGCGGCACAGGCGGCGCAGGCGGCCGCGCUCUUCGGCCCGGCUGGCCUGCCGACGCUGCCCACCAGCCACGGCCUGACGCGACCCGAUCAGCCCGGCCUCAUUAAGCACCAGGGCAUGCCGCAUGACCUCAUCAACAGGUCUGCCGUCUGGGAGAACUGCAGGGCCGCCUACGAGGACGUGGUCAAGCACCUGGAGCGGCUGAAGGACCAGCGAGGCGAGAUCGACCGGCAGACGAGCGGUCUCGACGCCCGGCCGCGUGACCUCAGCAUGAACAACAGUUCGCCGAACGGUCACAGUCCGGUGCUGAACCUGUCCAAGUCCGCCGACGGCACCAACGACGACGAGGACGACGACGAGCGACUCAGCGAGCCCAACGACCCCGACGACAAGGAGCCCGAUGAGCUGAGCGACACCGAGGUGGGGACGCACGAGGCGCCGCUGUCCGCGCCGCGAGCCGAGUGCUCGCGGGCGCCGGAGGAGCGGCCGCAGCUGCUGCCGGCAGCUGUCAGCUGGCCCGGCCAGCUGGUGGCCGACCCGGCGCUCAGCAGCACCGAGACGCUGCUGCGCAAUAUCCAGGGCCUGCUGAAGGUGGCCGCUGACAACGCUCGCCAGCAGGAGCGGCAGAUCAACUACGAGAAAGCCGAACUCAAGAUGGGCGUGCUCAGGGAGAAGGAGACGCGCGAGAGCAUGGAGCGCAAGCUGCAGGAGGAGCAGAAGCUCAGAGUGAUGUACCAGCGUCGCCUGAAGAAGGAGCGGCGCUUCCGGCGCAAACUGCAGGAGCAGCUGGGCCACGAGGCCAAGCGGCGUGGCCAGUACGAGGACGCAAUCAGGAGCGCCCCGACCGACGCCUUCCUUGGCAUGCAAGAUAAGUCCAAAGAGGGUGGCGCACGACCUCAGACCCACGGAGCACCACCAGCCAGCUCGCCCAUGUCCGAUCCACGCGGCGUGUUCUACGGCGCGUCACCCAUGUUCUCCUCGGCGACAUAGAUCAGACUUCAGUGACCCGCCGCGCCGCUGCCGAAGCCGGGCCGGGCCGGGCCGGAGUCGCCCCGCAUUGCCCGUGACCUCUGCGCCCGCGCCGUGACCUUGCCACGGGGUCACGACCCAGAACCGACCCGGCGCCCGCGGGCACGGACCGCCGCCGCCGGGCCGCGGCGCACAGCACUGUAUCUUAACUCUAGUCUUAAUGACAAUGUCACAGGGAGCCCAUGGACCCACCCACUUCCCAUCUUCGCCACAGCACUACUGGAGGACGCCGCCAGCGGACGGCCGCCGUGUAAAUACCAGCGCCCCAGGUGACGAGGUCAGGGGUCGACAGCCGCCGCGCGGUGGGAAUGUUAUUCAACGUACUUAGCCUCUACGAGCGUGGUUACGUGUUAGUCAAGUGUGGGUGUUUCUCUUCUUAUGUGUUCGUAUGGCCUAUGUAGGUGUGUGCACACGUUUAGUAUUGAUCUCAUACUUUGUAAAUACGGCCAGCCACCCGAGCCUUGAGUACCGGCGGUCGCAUUGGGCUCCGGAGCUCCGACACUGCUCCUCAUCGAAUGCAUUUGCAAUACACACGAUUGAACAUACUGAGCACCAAAAUGCACCAAAACGGUCUCACCGACGACCCCAUGCGUUACUGUCAUGUGUGCAAACGCCCACACUCAUAGGCAAGGCCAAUAAAGGCGCAAAGUCGCCUUUUGAUUUCGUGUCCGUCGGCACCUGACCUUCGUUUACGGGGCUGUUCGCCCCUUUUGCUGUUCACCCCGGCCACGUGCCUAUGCCACAUUCACCCAUCGAUGUGAACUUCUUCCCGAUGAGACACACAAACACAAGCGUUUGCUACUUCGCACAAGUGGACAAAGGUGUAACAAUCCCGUGAUUCAGCUGUACCACCAUGUAGACUGUUGGCGCACCGACGAUGUAUGAUCCGGCGCAUAUUGGAGCUAUGGUGCAGUUAAUUUCGAGACUACGCUUCUGGCGAUCCGGACCGAUUGCGUGCCGCGGUGUGAUGUCGCCAUGACAACAUGGCAGGGUCAUGAAAGGAGGGACGGUGUGUCUUGAGGUUGCGUUCGACCAGCGCGAGAUAGUGUCACGAGACAUUGCGAGGGUGCGUUCGUCCAGCACGAGAUGACGUCACGUGACAUUUCGAUGCCGGCUGAAGUGCACUGCCGUCUACAUUCUGCCGACGGCACACUCGCAACUAUUGCGUUUUGUCAGGCCUUUCGUCGAUAUGGCAGAAAAUACCCUGCAGACUGCGGUGUGGCACACCGUGCAUCCCCCUAUGAGGCUGCAACAGAGCAGGGUUGUCAUGAGAGUGCGCCAGGCUCAACCCGGCGUCCGUACGCGGCGGCGGGAGGUCUGUGCCCC